AUGGCCACGCCAACCCUAAGGGCACUCCGCGCGCACUUUGGCCCUUCCGCCCGCAUGACCGGAGUGGCUCGACCAUUGAUGUCCGAUGUGCUGGCCGGCACUUCAUGGCUCGACGAGAUCGUGCACUUCGAUCCCCGCAGUGCUAAGCCGGAACUUCGCACCCGCGCGGUGGUCGCACAGCUCAAGCAGAAGCAGCUUGACACGGUCGUUCUGCUGACAAAUUCAUUCCGUACCGCACUGCUGGCGUGGCGUAGCGGAGCCAAACGCCGGGUGGGGUUCGCCCGGGGUGGUCGCAGUUUGCUGCUGACUGAUCGGCUGUAUCAGGCGAAAGCCGGCGGACGGUUCAUUCCCGCGCCGGUGUUGGACGAUUACUUGCGGUUGGCCUACAAGUUGGGCUGCCCCAUGGAAUCGCCCCGCAUCGAGUUGGGCACCUUGCCCGCGGACGAACAGGCCGCCGAUGCAGCCUGGAGCAAGCUCGGUAUAUCGAAACACGAGUCGGUCGUUGUCGUAAAUACCGGCGGGGCAUUCGGAGCGGCCAAACAGUGGCCCGCGGAGUACUUUGCCGCCUUGACCCAACGCAUGGCCACGCAGCUUGGUGUUCGCGUGGUCGUGGUUUGUGGCCCGGCCGAACGUGACGAAGCACGACGCAUCGCCCAACUUGCCCGCCAUGAAAAGGUGCAAAGCCUGGCCGACGAACCGUUGUCCGUAGGGCUGACCAAAGCCUGCGUACGGCGAAGCGAACUGAUGGUCACCACCGACAGUGGGCCCCGCCACUUUGCCGCGGCCUUCGGGGUGCCCGUGGUGACGCUGUUCGGGCCGACGCACAUCGAGUGGAGCGAAACCCAUUACGCCGACGCCGCUCACUUGCAGGUGGAUGUUCCGUGCGGACCCUGCCAGCAACGCACGUGUCCCUUGGUCCAUCAUCGCUGCAUGCGAGAUCUCUCGGUGCAAGAUGUCUACGACACGGCGGUCGCCCUGCUGAAGCGACGAGGGGUGAUGUUUUCCUUCCGUUGGGUCGACCCGGAAUAUAGUCCCCAGUUGAGUGCGCAGCAGUUAGAUCAGCUCGAACCGCUGCUCGCGCGAGCCGAUGUGGAGACGGUGGCCCCGGCAAAUCGCGGGCGGGAAACAGUCCGCAUUCGCUGGCACCAUGGCGAUGAAAUACGUGUGGCCUACCUCAAGCGAGAACAUCGCACUCGCUGGAAGGAUCUUCUGCGUCACCUGUUCGCGUUUCGCGGCUGGUGGACGAAAGCUCGCACCGAGUUGCAUGUGUUGCAGCGACUACAAGAGCAGGGCAUCGGAUGCCCCCGCCCGAUGGCCUGCAUGCAAGAAGGAUUCUUUCGCCCCAAGGCCUGUUUGCUGCUGGCUGACUUGGGCGAAAUGCGACCUUUGCCGGAGUAUCUUGCAUGCGCAAUGAAGGACGCCGACGCCACGCAACGGGCCAAGUUCUUUCGCAGCUUGGGUGGGGAAAUCGCUCGACUUCACGCGGCCGGGGUGACGCAGCCUGAUUUGUAUGCGAAUCACGUUCUUGUGGCCGAUGGCGAGAACGCCCCUCGAUUCGCUCUAUUGGAUUUUCAACGCAGCCGCAUCCAACGUCGUGUGCCGACUACGUCCCGAGUGCGUGAUUUGGCGGCGUUGUUGGCCACGCUCUCCGAGCGAGCGGCCGACCUGCACGAACGUCGGCUGUUGCUGGAUAGCUACAUCGAAAUGAGCGGGCUGACGGCCGAGUGCACGCCCAUGGUCGAAGCCAUUAAACGCCGCGUGCAGAAGCUACUGCGUCGCCGCAAGAUUUGGGAAAUCCGCGAGAGCGACGCGGUGGAGCCCCGGGAAGUUACCCGGAUUCAAACAGAGAAUGGCGAAGACCUGUGGGUCGAUGCCGCGUAUUGGCCGACCCUGCGUGAAGCCAACUUGGGGAGUUUCCGCCAGGUGAUGGAAACCACCCAGGGCACGUGCAUGCGGGCGCUGAAAGAUCGCGAGAACUGGAAGCUGGAACUGCACGACCCGCACCAACAACCGCGGGCGGCUUACCUGAAGAAACACCAUGUUAAGGAUGUCAGUUCGUGGUUGCGGGCGAAGAUGGGAGCCCGAACGACUACGACCGCGGGAAGCGUUGAAGCGCGCAACGUCGAGCGUCUUCGCCGGGCAGGUAUCCCCGCGAUGCAUGUCAUCGCCUACGGAGAGAAGCUGCAUGAAAGCGGACUUUCCGAGUCGUUUGUGCUGACCGAAGAGCUGAGCGGCCACACGCAGCUUGAUCACUUCUUGCGAGACCGGUUUGCUCCACGAAAAGCAGGCCCUCGCGACGAGCAAAGUGUCGAUCUGCGGACACUGCUCUACGAUGUGGCGGCAGUCGCCAAGCGGUUUCAUACGUUGGGCUACAACCAUCGUGACUUUUACUGCUGCCACUUCUUCAUUCGCGAGCCCGAGCCAGGCAACUUCGAGGUGAACCUGAUCGACCUACAACGGGUCGAACAUCGCCACCGAUUGCGUCGUCGCUGGGUGGUGAAAGACCUGGCGCAGUUGUCGUACUCAGCGCCUUCCGAGCACAUCUCGAACACCGACCAGAUGGCGUUCGCCAAGCGGUACUUUGGCGUUACGAAGUUACGUCCCAAAGACAAACGGAUGAUUCGGGCCGUGCUGGCCAAACGUCGCCGCAUGCAACGCAGCCUGGGGCCGCAUCCUUAA